AUGAAUGAGAACGUCAUGCGCGCCUACUAUGGGGCUACAGAGGGGGGAACCGACUUAUGCGCGUACCGUGUCCGAAUGCUUCCACUGUUUCAGGCCCUCGAACCAACCAUCGAAGUGACUGCGCAACGGCUAUCGGAUCAGGUGCGUGUCAUCCAGCGGCUAAAGCGGUUGGAUGACUCGACACUUGAUCGGCUUCGCCUGGAGGCUCUCUCUGCUCGCGCAGCCUCCACCUCGGUGCGAGACCCGCCCGCCACAUCGCCGGAUCUGGUGCCGGCACCCGACCAGGCCCCGGGGGCGCCGCGGGUAGAUCUCUGUGCCGACGAGGAGGAGUUCGCGCAGAGUGUGAGUAGUACAGCCAAUGAGCAACUGAGGAGGACUUUGGAUGAGGCGAUUACGCAGUAUCGCUCCACACCUAAUACUAGACCACGAUUACCACGUUUGCCUAUGAAUAGACACAAUCUAGCGCUAAUGGGAGCCCUAAACGCUUUACUAGAGCCGUAUUUGCGGACUAGUAAAGAUUUAGAUGAUACGCACGCGAUCAUGUAUUGCGGAGCCAUCGCGGCGUGCCGUGUUGCACGAGUCAAGUUUCCGGACUCUGAACGUGCACCUAGGACCGCCGGAGGUGCCCCCGCAUGGCAAAUACGGAUCGAGCGACGUAUCAGCUCUUUUAGGACUCUUAUCGCAAAGCUGAUCUGCUUCAGGGGGGGCAACAAUCGCCCCCGAGUAAUGCGCUUUGUAAACCAGGCAUUCGCGGGGACGGAUAUCAGGUCCCGCGACUACAUGGCCAAUGUUACGGAACGCAUCGACUUUCUAAAGCAGAAAGUCUAUGCAUGGGCAAACCGUAUUCGCCGCUACAGAGAGCGUGUGGACCGAUUCCAGCAGAACCGUCUUUUCCAGAGUGACCAAAGGAAGAUGUACCGAAAGUGGGAGGAAACCAACCUUCGUGCGUCCGACUCGCAGCCACCGGAUGCUACUGUCAUGAAUGACUUCUGGCGUAGCAUUUGGUCAGUGCCUGUCGGACACACCGAGGGGAGUUGGAUGAGUGUUGUUGAGCGUGAGUGCGAGUCCAUCGAACCUAUGGGGGCAGUCACCAUCAGCCCCGAUGACGUAAGUUGUGCCAUCCGCACGGCCCAGAACUGGAAAAGUCCUGGGCCGGAUGGAUUGCACAACUUCUGGCUAAAAUGGUUCCGAUGCUCACAUUCCUGCUUGGCAGCACAAUUUCAACGAGCCCUCGAGCAUGGUUCUCUCCCACCUUCCUUAACAACUGGUGUCACCUUCCUGCUCUAUAAGUCCGGUAGUACCACGGAAGCUAAGAACUACAGACCCAUCACAUGCUUGCCUACACUUUACAAGCUCCUUACAUCCAUUUUGAGAGCAAAAAUCAACGCGCACAUUGUCGCAAACAAUAUUUUGGCCUCUGCUCAAAAUGGAUGUAGGGUUGGGUCCCGUGGUACUAAAGAGCUCCUCCUCAUAGACAUGACCAUCUGCCAACAAAUCCGGCGGAACAGGGGGGGCCUCUCAGCAGCCUGGAUUGACUACAAGAAGGCCUAUGAUUCGGUGCCUCACUCAUGGCUGGAGAGGGUCUUAGAGCUGUAUAAAGUUGAUACAGCUUUGAGAACCUUUCUAAGCGCGUGUAUGAGACAAUGGACCACAGUCCUUCGUCAACCAGGAGGCGGGGAUGAACGCCCUGAUCCGCAGGAUUUUAUAAGGAUUGAGCGAGGAAUAUUUCAGGGUGAUAGUCUGAGUCCUCUGUGGUUCUGCCUAGCUCUGAAUCCUCUCAGUACCUUGCUGAAAGAUUUAGAACUAGGUUGCCGGCUUCGGAGAGGGGGUGAAGUAAUGUCUCACCUUCUGUACAUGGAUGAUCUCAAAUUAUUUGCACCAAAUAGCCAAGACUUGGUGGAGCUACUGAAAACCACCGAAGUCUUCAGUAAUGCCAUCAAUAUGGAGUUUGGUGUCGAUAAAUGUGCGGUUAUGCAUGUUAGACUUUCCACAGCCAAUACAACCAUUGGAUUGAUCACAGAUACGGAGUACAGAAAAAUGCCCCCCCUCUUCACGAUGGAUGAUUACCAGGACUGCAUGCUGGAGUCAGGGGGGACAUACUGCAUUGUGGACCUGGAGCUGUUCUCUGACCAGGAGUCUGAUCUCAUGAAGAUGAUCCAUGGUUAUUCAGAAGUAACAAAUAAACACUACAAUCACACACAACUGCACAAAGCCGUAUGCGUCACACACACAUGUAAAUCAUACAUCGGUCAACGAGACAUCAAAAAUGAGGACGACGUGUCGACCAUCUUGGAAGACUGCCUCAACACGACAAUAUGGAAUGAUUAUAAGUUACAAGCGAGAGUGCUUACUAUAAAAGAGUGUCAAAGAGAAGCAGACGCGGUCACUUACGAUGCAGGAGACGAUCCGUCGAAGCAGAUCCUGUACAACGGCUCUCUAGUGGUGUCCACAUUCUUCGUGAUGUCCGGCUUUCUCCUGGCGUUUAACUUCGAACUUCACGCUGAGAAGCAUCGCGUCAGCUGGCUGGAGUUGCCCAGAGGAAUGGUCUUACGAUGGCUGAGGUGA